UGCGCAUGCUCGGUCAGUAGCGUGCUAAGACAUGGGUAAGCCUCGUGGUCUACGAACUGCUCGGAAGCUACGUGUUCACCGACGCGAUCAGAAGUGGGCCGAUAAGGACUACAAGAAAGCGCAUUUGGGAACGGCAUUGAAAGCUAAUCCGUUUGGUGGUGCAUCUCAUGCAAAAGGCAUUGUUCUAGAGAAAGUUGGUGUUGAAGCUAAGCAGCCGAACUCUGCAAUCAGGAAGUGUGUGAGGGUGCAACUGAUUAAGAAUGGGAAGAAAAUCACAGCAUUUGUCCCUAAUGAUGGCUGUCUGAAUUUCAUUGAAGAGAACGAUGAGGUUCUAAUAGCUGGAUUUGGUAGAAAGGGUCAUGCUGUAGGAGACAUUCCGGGAGUUAGAUUCAAGGUGGUGAAAGUUGCCAAUGUAUCCCUGCUUGCACUGUAUAAGGAGAAGAAAGAAAGGCCUCGCUCAUAGACAAUUUUGUUGUUGGAGUCAGUUUGAAUUACAAUAAAAUACCUCUAUAUAACAAGGGUGA